AUCAAUUAAUGUCAAAUGGUCAAAGUCAAAAUUAAAUCCUCGUGCUCUUUCGUGCAAAAUUUUUAAAAUUAACAAAGAAAAAUCGGAAUCACUAAGAUUAAAAGUCAAAACAGCAAACAAACUUUUAACUACGUUUAAAGUUUUAUUUUCAUAUAGUUUAAAAUAUUGUUCAAGAUUCAAAACCGUACUGUAUGUGGUAAUGCAUUGGUAAUGGAAUAGUGAUAUGAGACAAUUUGACUGAGCUCAAAUAUUGCAUAAAAUAUGAAGAUUUCUGAGCUACCAGGGGAUGAGGAUUCGAGAGCGACCUGUCGGACAUACGUCUUCCAAGAUGAAAGCCACACAUUGGGAAAUGCGUUAAAAUGUAUAAUAGAUAGAUAUGAAGAUGUCCAGUUUUGUGGAUACACAGUGCCUCACCCUGCAGAGGCUAAAAUGCAUUUUAGAAUACAAACACAUGAAACCCCAGCUUUAGAAGUUUUAAAAAGAGGGCUCAAAGAUUUACAAAAAGUAUGCGACCACACGAUAGACUUAUUUGAAAAGGAAGUUAAAGAGUUUAAUAAAACAUGAAACUAAUUUUU